UACGCUUACAAUCUCGCUCGUCUCAAGCGCUUUACUUUUCUCAAGCCCAUGACUUGGGCCACCAUUGCCAGCAAAGCCAAUCGGCCUCCUGCUGCUCGUGGUCUAAAAGAAGCCCAUGGGCCUCGAGCUGGAGGAGAUGUAGCAGACUCGUCCACUACACGUAUGAUCAAGGUUCAUGAGAAUGAUAGUCCCACAGCUGUAGAUGCACCACUCAGCUGUGUACAUCAACGAGAUGAUUUCCAACACCACAAAUCUCUGCAGCGAGAAGACCACGAUAUCAGGCCGCGUAUUCUGUCGCUGAGGCUUGAAGCGUCUACACUAGAGGCGCUUACAAGCAUUCGGAAGGCACAUUUUCCGUCGCAGGCAAGCGAACUCGGUGCGCAUGUGACGCUUUUCCAUGCCAUACCUCCAUCGAGCGAGGCGGACCUAGUUGAAGUUCUAACGCAAGGAGCACUCCUGAGAAGCCCCUUCUCACUCACGAUUGGGCACGUGAAGAUGAACAAGAGUGGAAGCAUCAUCCUGCUGCCUUUGUAUUCACAGGAUCUAAAGAAGGUAGUUGAGGCUGUUCAAGAAAAGCUUGAAGGGGUUCUCAGUGCCCAGGACGCUCAACGCUUCCACACUGCGCACAUUACUCUCUGUAAUAAGCGCACACCCACGGAUACGCAAGAACGAUUCCCAAUCGUACAAUCGGCUCUGCACAAGGCUGGCUUAUCUCCCAAGACAUUGCUCACAGCCUCCCAAUUGGAUCUCUGGGAAUAUCGCGGCCGUGCUGCCUGGCGGCAUCUACGAACGUUUGAAGCAUGAAGGCUUGAAUGAUACUAGACCUGGAUAAUCGGAUGGUUUGAGCAGUGUCCUUAGCAAUACGUUGUCAGUCUUGAAAAGCUUGCAGUGCAAAAUAGCAAUCGUGGCUGUCAGAUACGGUCCCCUUGAAGAGGGGAACCACCCGUUUGCGCUUCCUCUGUGGCCGCCCUUAUGGCAGCUUCCACACUCAUGUCCUCCCACGGCUCGCUAAGGCUGGUUUUGCUGCUGAGUGGUUUCGAUGACAUGCUUCGCAUUGGUGAAGACAAGCGUCCGACAGGUGCUUUGAGCAGACUGCGGCUGGUGAAGAAGCGUGUUGCAGACAUAUCAGAGUCUAGGAUUGUCGGCACAGGAAGGUUGAAGUGAGGCCUUGCAAUGAUGCUGCAGCUAGCGCUGUGCU